AUGGUUGAGGGAGAGCCAGGGAGGGGAUGCAACCGGCAGCAGGGCAGGUUUGGAAUGGCCCCCGGGAGCGUGCAGAGAGAGUGUGUGUCCAACUUUCCUCCAGGAAUCAACCCUCUGUCUUUUGACCCAGCGGCUAACAAUGAGCCUUUGCAGUUUGGAGGCUCCAGUGUACCGUUGGUGAGCGAGUGUCCUCCUCUAGAGAAUGGAGCUGAGAAUUCCAAGAAGAGGAAGCGAUCCACUCUCCCCACCGCUGAAGUGAUCCACAACAUCCCUAUGGACUCCAGCUCGAUGUCGAUGCCCAUGUCAGAGCCAAGCGCCUGGGCCACAGCAAUGAACAACUUGGGGAUGCCUCAAAUGGGACUGGGCACACAGACACUGUUGCCAGACUAUGAUCCAAAUCUGGGCUUGAUGACAGACUUCUCGACUGACUACUCGACCGAUUACUCGUCCAUGAACAUGAUGACUGGUUUGGGAAUGAUACCAGAUGUACCCGUCGUCAAGGAGAUCAUCCACUGCAAGAGCUGCACUCUGUUCCCUCCCAACCCCAAUCUCCCUCCUCCCGCCACCAGGGAUCGCCCUCCCGGGUGUAAGACUGUGUUUGUGGGCGGUUUACCAGAGAACUCCAGUGAAGAGACUGUGGAAGAGAUCUUUGGUCCAUGUGGACCCAUCAUUGCCAUCCGCAAAAGCAAAAAGAACUUCUGCCACAUUCGCUUUGCAGAGGAGUACACUGUGGACAGGGCACUCUACUUGUCUGGUUACCGCAUCCGCAUGGGCUCCAGCACCGACAAGAAGGACAGCGGGCGUAUCCAUGUAGACUUUGCUCAGGCCAGAGACGACUUGUACGAGUGGGAAUGUUUUCAGCGGAUGUUGGCACGGGAGGAGCGCCACCGACGCAAGGUAGAAGAGGACCGGAUGAGACCGCCUUCCCCUCCUCCCAUCGUCCACUAUUCAGACCAUGAGUGCAGCCUGCUGGGGGACAAGUUCAAAGAUGAUGUGGGCUUUGCGGAGGCAGUGCAGGUGCUCGUGACCUGGCUGGAGCGAGGGGAAGUCAAUCGUAGGAACGCCAACAACUUCUACUCCAUGAUCCAGCUGUCCAACAGUCACAUUCGCCGACUGAUGAGCGAGAAAGCACAGCACGAGAAGGAAAUGGAAGAGGCCAAGGACAAGUUCAAGAGCGCUCUGGCCGGUAUACUGGGCCAAUUUGAACAGAUUGUGUCUGUAUUCCAAGCCGCUUCCAAACAAAAGGCAAGGGACCAUUUCACCAAAGCUCAGCGCAAGAACCUGGACGUUUGGCGCAAGCAAGUACAGGAGAUUAGAAACGUGCACAGUGAGCAGCUGAUGGGCAUCAGAAGAGAGGAGGAGAUGGAAAUGUCUGAUGACGACAUGGAAGAUCCCUCCAAAAGCAAACACCCUGAAAACUCAGCCAUGUCUCAAGCCGAAGCCUUGAAGGAGGAAAAUGACUCUUUGCGCUGUCAGCUGGACGCCUACAUGAACGAAGUGGAGCUCCUCAAACAAGAACAGAACCAGCCACAGAGGAGUGAGGAGGAAACCACUCACUCACAGCAGCUCAGCUUCCUCCAGCAGGCGCUCCAGGGCAUGCAGACGCAACUCAUUAAAAUGCAAGAGGAGCUCAAACAACGGCAGUCGGAUUUGGAGAAGAGUUUGGACGAAAAGCAGAGGAUGAAGAAAGAAGUGCAGUCGCUGAAGGAAGGUCUUCAAAAUCUGCAGAGUCUACAACGCACAGAAGAGAGACAGCUGGGGACGCCACACAAGGGAGGAGGAGGAGGUGAUGGAGACGAGGGAAGAGAUGGAGGUAGUGCAGGUGAUGGAGGUGAAGCAGCCGCUGAGGAGAGCGCUGAUGCUGAUCAAAGCAGUGAAGUGUGUGAAGCGUCCGCAGUGGCGACCAUGUUGGUGAGCUGCAGUCAGGAGAAGGAGGCUCCGGCAGAGAGGAGCCUGGGGAGCCCUGUGCAGUCCGAGAGGGAGGCCCUGCUCGUCGGAAUCAUCUGCACGUUUCUGCACGUUCACCCGUUUGGAGCCAGCCUCGAGUACAUCUGCUCCUACCUGCAGCGUUUGGACUCCAAGAUCGGCACCAGUGAAGUGGAGCUGCUCCUCUCUCGCCUGCCCUGCACCUUCAGACAAGAGCUGACCGGAGUCGGAGCCAGUUUAGAGAAACGCUGGAACUUCUGUGGAUUUCAGGGCAUCAAGAGUUUAUAG